AUGACAGGAUUCAGAUAUCUACCCGGGGGAAAGCUUCCUACUAUAAAAUCGAAAACCAAGUCAGACACUGAGAAUGAAUCUUCGAACAACUCUUCAGGUCCAGAUGGAUCAAAGUCGCUUAGCAGCGAAGAAGUCAUCCCAGCCAGCCGUGAAGGGUCGACGCAGAGUGUCAAUGACGCAACACAAGCUCUGCAUCAGUCUGAAGAUUCAAAUGCCCAGGAAUCGGUGCAGCAAUUUCCUACAGGAUCACUUGAGGAGGAGUCCCCUGGGUCACUUGUGAACCGCAUUUCAACGAUCCUGGAUCAAGAGGUAUCGAGCGCUACCAUACACAACGUGACCAUCUCGAUUCGUGAUGUUCCACCUCAGUUUCUCGGUUUGGGACUGCAAGCAGUACUAGCAAGAGAUCCUGGACGUCUGAUCAAGUUCGAUGUGGCUUUCCAUCCCUAUCUCCAAGGCAUAGGGUGGUCGGUGCAGCAAGCCCUCGCCAGCAGCAUAGCGAUGCCAGUGGAUAUUCCACUCACUCCGAAAUGCUUGCUCGAUAUACCGGGUGGUUCUGUUGACGAAUUCACCAAUACUCCAAGUCUCCCGCGUUGGCAAGCCUUUGCCAGAAGUUCGCAAGCUUCAAAGGUUACCACAAAUAGUACUUCCACCAUCAAAGGAACAAGCCAACACCAGCACUCUUCACAGCUUAUGACAGUGCCAACACAAGGCGAUGCUCCUCAGGAAGCCGUGCAUAUUCCAGAUGUCGCGGUAGCCGCUGGGCACCACUCUCCUAAACAAAUGGCUACGCAACCCCAGCAACCCCAACGUGCACUACCAGGCUUUUUGCCAACAAACAACACAUGCAUGCUGAGACGCAGCUGUUCCGUCAGAAGGAGAGCAUCAAUUCCUCAGCGGCCGAUAAUGACUCGAUUGAGGCCGCAUGCCUCUCAAGACGACCUGGAUAAUAAGUUUGCCAGACACGAAGCAAAUUUGCACGGGUAUGUCACAGACUUCCCUGGAUCACCUGGCACGGCCAGGAAAGAACCGUCAUGCGAAAAUUCCGCCCAAGCGAAUAAUAGUGAUCGAGAACAAGAAGCCUUCAAUGAAGAUGAUCACAUCAGCAUUGACGACUUCCCGGAGAAUGUACGAAGAGAUCUCUUUGGUUCAGUAUCGCCAGAUGCCCUUGAACCAGGAACGCCACGACCUGACUCACCCACCUUGGGUUUGCUGGCAAUGAAUACCACCGUGAGUCAGAGCCCUGAUAUGGAUAAAACGCAUCGCUACAGCAGCAGACUUGGGGUACGACCACUGCCUCCUUUGCCCAGCCCGCCGCCCCUUGUAUUGCCGCCUCCGCCGCCUCGGCGAUCGCCCGCGAGAUAUGGAAAUCGGCCUGACGACGUGUACCCGCACUCUUCUCUAGCCACCCACGGUCAGACCUCAAGACAAACAUCGCGAACCUUCAUGCAAGCCAGUCAGCCAUCGCCGGAAUCUUCGACUGCCAACAGUCGAACACAGCGUUUCCAGGUUCCUAGCACCUUACACAAUGCUUCACCAUUCACCUCACUUCCCGCACCAGCCUCCACAUCAAGCACGCAGCAGCCUUACCAAGAUCGACCGAGUGCAUCGCAAGACGUGAAACUGAGCGUCGAAGGUCUGUUGAAGGGUUUAAACGACAGGGCCCAGGUGUCUUUCACGAAGCUUACCGAUACUCUACCCUCUGCAGACUCUCCUACCACUUUCACCUGCGAUACUCCAGGUUCUGAAGCCGUCCAAAGCCAGCUUCUGCGGAAGCCUACCUCAAACUUCCAAGGACUGUCCAAGAGCGCAUUGGAAGAACGCCUUUCACGUCUUUCGGGCCCUCGAGUCACCGUUCCAUCUUCGUCUCGUCCCUUGUCGCCAGGCCGCCCAUUACGCUCUCAUUCAGGUUCCAAGACAUCGUUAGGACAGGCGACGAGAGACCUCUCUUCUAUCCGUGAGGAGAUCUCGGUAAACGACAUCGAUCCAAGCCCAACCUCUUUCUCAACGCGCGCUCGCAUUUCGCCACUCUCAUCUACCCCGACCAGCCAGACAUUACUGCGGCCCAGUCAAGUUCGGUCAUCACAAGAGUUACGUUCGCCUGGCAGCGGUACUGUUUCCCAGAUCGACCCCAAUACCCUGUCAUCACAACGUAACAGACCUGGCGCCAGUCGAGCACGAACACUUGGCAUCCAACCACUGAGCUGUGUCUUCGAAUCCAACGAGGAAGAAUAUAAGGACAGCAGAGAGGGAUCGGAACACUGUGGCCAGCAAGCCAACAUCAGAGCGGAAAUCGAGAGCCUGAGAUACACGCUCGACCGGCUGCAGGAACGUCUGGCAGAGUCAUCCUCAUCAAGCGCUGCAGAUAGUAGCGCGACCACCUCCAGCACUAGCCCUCCACAGUUUGGAAGUGUCAGGCCACGAAAGAGAGCAGACAUAGCCCAUAUCGAUAUCCAAGGACCAACUGUAGCUGUGCGCAGCAACCAAGCCGUACCACACAUCGUGAUUACUUCGGAAGGAUACCUGGGAGAUAGUAAGGAUACCAAAAUGGGCAGUUGUAUGAGUAAAGGCGUCCACGAUGAAACCGUGAGCGUAAUUUCCCACGCCGCCGCCAUCACCACCACUCCCCCCGACGCACCUGCUGGUAAUCCAGGUGUUGGCCACAACCUUCCGUUGUCACAGCUGGAGGAUAGCUCAUCAUUGCUCAGUGAGGCCCCUUCGACCCCAACCCCAGCACCGCGGGGUCAUCGUGGCCGCGCCGCCACCACGUUGCCGCGCGAGCGGAGCAACUCUACUGCGUCCUUUAUCUCAGGGGUUGCCGAAGCAGCCAGCACCCCGCCCCGUCCGGCCCCGGCCCCGGCUCCAGCUUCGGCUUCUGCUGUCAGAUUGCCGUCCUCACCUUCCAUCUCCUCUUCAGAGUGGAGCCAGAACAGUGGCUGCCAAAGACCACACUGGUCAGACGGCGCCACUGCCUUCGGGCCAUGGCUGACCAGUGGACCAACGGGAGCUGCCCAGAGCCAGAUGCGCAGCGAGCGGGAUAAACAGGCGCGCGCUGUCCGCAAGCAACAGGAGGAAGAGCGUUUGGCCAAGAAGGCAUCCAAGCGCAAUCUCCGCGAGCAAGCGCGCCUGGCUAAGGAGGAGGAGCGCCAGGCGAGGAAGGAGGAGCGCCAGGCGAGGAAGGAGGAGCGGCUGGCCAAAAAGGCCUCCAAGAAGAAUCUCCGUGGAGGCAAGGACAGUUAG